CAGGGCAAAUAUCUGAAUGAAACAUAAAAAGAAAACUAAAAAUUCUACUGCCAUGUGGCAUAAGUGGAACACAUUUUCCCCAAAUCUGUUUGUAAAUGUUUGACAAUGCAUGGGAAGCCUUUGACUUCAUAUAAUUGAUUCUUCAAGUACAGCAGAAAAAAUGAUGAAAAAUAAUGCAAGUUAUGAAGACUUUUUUUUUCUACUGGGUUUUUCUAAUUGGCCUCAUCUGGAAGUAGUUCUCUUCGUGGUGAUCUUGAUAUUCUACUUGAUGACACUGAUAGGCAACCUGUUCAUCAUCAUCCUGUCAUACCUGGACUCCCACCUCCACACUCCCAUGUACUUCUUCCUCUCAAACCUCUCUUUUCUGGACCUCUGCUACACCACCAGCUCUAUCCCUCAAUUGCUGGUCAACCUCUGGGGCCCUGAAAAGACCAUCUCUUAUGCUGGUUGCAUGAUUCAACUUUACUUUGUCCUCGCACUGGGAAUCACAGAGUGUGUCCUCCUGGUGGUGAUGUCCUAUGACCGUUAUGCAGCUGUAUGUAGGCCUUUGCAUUACACUGCCCUCAUGCACCCUCGUGUCUGCCACCUGUUGGCUGUGGCUUCUUGGGUAAGUGGCUUCACCAUUUCAGCACUUCAUUCAUCCUUUACCUUCUGGGUACCCCUGUGUGGACAUCGCCAAGUGGAUCACUUCUUCUGUGAAGUUCCUGCACUGCUGAGACUAUCGUGUGUUGAUACCCGUGCUAAUGUGCUGACCCUCAUGGUGAUGAGUGCCAUUUUUGUUCUCAUCCCUCUGAUCCUCAUUCUCACUUCCUAUGGUGCCAUUGCCCGGACUGUACUAAGGAUGCCAUCAACCACUGGACUUCAGAAAGUUUUUGCCACAUGUGGAGCCCAUCUUAUGGUUGUGUCUCUCUUUUUCAUUCCAGUCAUAUGCAUAUAUCUUCAGCCACCAUCAGGAAAAUUUCAAGAUGAAGGCAAGUUCAUUGCUCUCUUUUAUACUGUUGUCACACCUAGUCUCAACCCUCUAAUCUACACUCUCCGAAACAAAGAUAUAAGAGGGGCAGUGAAGAGACUAACAAGGUGGGAGUGGGAGAUGUGAUUGAGUAAUCAAGUGCCUUGCAAUUGUUUUUCAAAGGGUCUUGUCCAUAUUUGAGGGCAUUUCCCUGCUUCUUUGUGAUUU